AUGGGAGUCCUAUCCCUCCUUUUCACAGCAUUCCUGUCGAUUUCAGCCACCUCUGCCUGUUCAUCAUGUGGCGGAGACCAAGGCUCCUCGGGAUAUCCCAGGUUCACCCGUCGCAUGCAGCCUGGGGAUGUGACCGCAGAGACAGGUCCUAAAGCGCCUCUGCCUUGGGGACAAAUCAACUUUAUCCACACCACAGACAGUCAUGGGUGGCUUGAAGGACAUAUCAAGGAGCGUAAUUUCGGUGCCGACUGGGGCGACUUCCAGUCUUUUGUGGAGCACAUGCGCAAAAGGGCAGACUCCCUGGAUGUGGAUCUUCUGGUCAUUGAUACUGGUGACCUGCAUGAUGGAAACGGUCUCAGUGACGCAACGACUCCGAACGGCGAAUACUCCAAUACCAUCUUCAAGAGGAUCGACUAUGAUCUCCUUGCGCCUGGAAAUCAUGAGCUCUAUAGCAGCGUGGUCGUCAAUCAAACGUACCAGCAGUUCACCAAGGUAUACACCGACCGCUACCUGGCGAGUAAUAUCAACACAACCAUCACAGGCGAGAAUGUGCGUCUGGGAGCCCCGUACCGGUACUUCACGACGAAGCGAGGGAUGCGGAUCAUGGCUUUCGGGGUGAUGUUCGACUGGAAACCCAGUGCAAAGGUCCAUGCUACGAUCCAGCCUGCAUCGCAGAUGAUACAGGAGAAGUGGUUUCAGGACGCUGUUGACUAUCAACCCAUCGACCUGUUUGUUCUGAUUGGUCAUAAUCCGGUCCGUCAAGAUGAAUAUAACACCAGUUCUUUUGGCUUGGUGCAAGGCGCGAUUCGAAAGCGGCGUCCUGAUGUUCCCAUUCAGGGGUUCGGAGGCCAUACUCAUAUCCGCGACUUCAAAUGCUUCAGUGAAAGGUCGUCUGCGCUGGAGUCUGGGAAAUACUGUGACACGGUCGGAUGGCUGGCGUUGGGUAAUAUUGAAUCAUCAACUUACAAUGGGACCAGGACCCCUAGCGGUGUUCCAGCCCCAAGAAAGACCUGUCAUGCCUCUCUUAAUGACGAUGAAGAAGCUGGCUUUGCGGGCGACGACCACCAAAUGGUUAUGACCGCACCGACGACGAUCCCCGUUCUUGACCGUCGCUACCUCGACUGGAACCGACUCACAUUCGCAUACCACGCCACCGGGUCCCAAGACAUAUUCGACACUUUGGAAGGAUUGAAUACCACCGCCGACAUCACAGCCGAGCGAGAGAACUUGAACAUAACACACCGGUAUGGCUGCGCUCCAAAGACCUACUGCUUGUCCUGUAAGCCAGUAGGACAUGAGCGCAACAUCUAUACGCUCCUGCAGAAGGUCAUGUCAGCUAUAGUCAUCAACGAGACUCGCGCAGACCAAGCUCGUAUAAUCAUCUUCAACAAUCAGACAGUUCGAUACGACCUCGUCCAGGGCCCGUUUACCCUCGAUGACUCCUACAUUGUCAUCCCCUACGAGGACACCUUCAAAUACAUCCCCGAUGUUCCUUUCGCGUACGCGUCACGCUUAUUAAACGAACUGAAUAAACCCUCCAUGUCGAAUGAGAGACGAUCCUUGGGCGAUCCUGCAGCGUCGCGAUCAAUCAACCCCGCUUCAUGUCUGGAUCCUUCCGACCCCGAAUGGGCUGCAGCAAUGGAUCCCCAAACCGGGCUCUACCAGCGGAGAACGCUCUUCCGUCGCGUCCUCCCGCAUGACGCACUCGUCCCGGGAUAUAAAACGGCCGAUGAUCUGGGGACUGCGGGGGAUGGAGACGACACGCCUCACGCUGCAUACGACCCCAUCGAGAAUCCCCAUUAUAUCCAAGCUAAUGCAGGUUUUCUAGCAAGGAAUGACCCUCGCACUGUGGAUGUCGUGUUCUCGAGUCAUCUUAGCAAGGCGAUUCCGCCGGUGUUAAAGAGACUGGGCUUUAAGGAUACGGGCGCGUUCGAUUACACCCCAGCGAAUAUCACGACGAGGACGGUAAUCCCGGAAAAUGACAGCAAGAACAAGGCCAACCUUGCUAUUAUUGAAUAUAUUAUGAUCAGCGUCGGCCUCCAUCGACAACUGCAUGCCUCUAUCCUGGGAAGCAGAGCUAUCUCGCCACAGACGUGCCUUGUGCAGCCCCCAAGCGCCCCGGCACCAAUAAUGACCGCCGCUUGCGCAUCCCCCGGCUGCUCUAGCUCCGGUAGCCUUCGCUGCACCAGUCUGGGUUGGAGGGAUCUGGACGAGCCCGGGACGUUCUUCUCUCAUCGCGAUGUCGAUCGCUGGCAUUAUCACGUCUACGCCGAGGCUGGUGAUGCUUCUCUUCCUAAGAAUGAGAUCGUGUCCCGCUGCAUUGGGAAGACGGUUUAUGGAGAUGUCGCGGUCGACGGGUCUUCGAAUACCCAGCCCAAUGAUUACUCGGAGGAGUUCACCGAGGUCGAGUUGCUUCGCACCACGUCCCAUUACAUCGGGAAAAAUGCGGCUGCUGAGAACAAGCGGAGGGAGAGCGCCAGAGUCGCUGGGCUGUUCGGCAUGCCGCCUGGGUUUAUGCCUGAGCACAAGACUUUCACGAUGCCUUGA